UAUGGUUGACUACAUCAGUUUGACAUCAUGAUAACUCAUAUAUAAACCUCUAUUGUAGCUUACAAUGGGAUUUAAAUAAAAUUACGAUUAGAUUGGUUAAAACAUUCAAGUACUUUUAUUCAAUCUAAACUAUUGGAAGAAUUUUUUUGAGAAAGUACAUUUUACAAGACAACAACACUACACAGCAAAAUGCUUCCUUUAACGCAUAAUGAUUCACCGAGUUUUAUGUUUGCAAUAAAAGAAAAAAUUCAUGGAUGGAAAAGACUAAUAUGGUCAGAUAAAGAUACAAGAAAUUUGUUUCUCUUCUUCAUUCUAAAUUUUACUUUUGCAUUUGUGGAGUUGUUAUAUGGUAUGUGGACCAACAGCUUAGGACUGAUAUCUGAUAGUUUUCACAUGUUCUUUGAUUGCACUGGUCUAAUUGCUGGUUUGGUUGCAUCCAUAAUUACAAAAUGGAGAGCUAACGAUAAAUUUUCUUACGGAUAUAAAAGAGCAGGAGUUCUUGCUGGGAUGGUAAAUGGAUUAUUUUUAAUCUUCAUUGCAUUUUUUAUAUUGUGUGAAGCUAUGGAAAGAGCAGUAGAACCUCCCGAAGUUAAGCAUGAAAGACUAUUCUUAAUUUCGGUACUAGGAUUAUUAGUAAAUCUUGUUGGAAUAUUUGUAUUCAAUCAUGGCCAUGGUGGAGAAGGUUGUAGUCAUGGACAUAAUCAUAGUCAUAAUCAUGACCAUAAUCACGAUCAUAAUCAUGGACAUAGACAUUCAAAUAGUCAUGGACAUGUUCAAUCACUAGGAGAUCAUAAUCAUAUGCACAAUCAUCAUAGUCAUUCUCACAAUCAUCAUGGGAUUGAAAAUGAUCACCUUCAAGGAAGUGGAACUUCAUUAAUUAUGAAAGGAGUUUUUUUGCACAUAUUAGCUGAUACACUAGGUUCAGUAGGAGUAAUCAUUUCUGCAAUUUUAAUGCAGAUGUUUGGUUGGAUGAUAGCAGAUCCUAUUUGCUCAAUGAUAAUAGCAAUCCUAAUAUUUAUUAGUGUUAUGCCUCUUAUAAAAAAAUCCAUGAUAAUUCUAAUGCAAAGGCAGCCCACAGAACUAGAUCAUGUUCUGCCACAAUGUUACAACAGAGUCACACAAUUAGCUGGUGUAUAUAGUGUCCAAGAACCACAUUUUUGGACACUUUGUUCAGAUAUUUAUGUGGGUUGCUUAAAACUAGAAGUUGCUAGAACCGUUGAUCCUAAGUAUGUUAUUGCUAGUACACAAUCGAUAUUUCACGCAGCAGGAGUGAAACAAUUAACGGUUCAGUUAGAUUAUUCUUCAUCGUGAUUAUAGUGCAUAAACUAAGUGGUGUGUACGAAUGUAUUUUCAAUAAGUGCUAUCACAAAGGAUUAAUAAUUAUAGAAAAAUGAAAAUAUUCCAAAAUUUUUCUCAUUACAAUUGAGAGAAUGAAUGCUGUGUAGCUAUUAUAUGUAAAAGAUGUGAUUUGAGUAGCAUUUUUGUCACACUUGAAUGAAAUUGGUGUAACUAUUGUAUUGUACAAAGUGUGAAUCGAGGUUUUCUAUUAUUCUUGUUGUUUAUUUAUCUUUGAAGUAUAGUAUUUUUAAUGUUUUUAAAAAAAUCUAUAAACACAAAAUAUUGAAAAAUAGCUCUGAAAAUUAUGGAAGUUCUUCUUGAAUUAAAGAUAAAUUAAUUACUGA